AUUAUCCUACCAAAAAGCCCACAGGCCCAAUUCAUUGCUCACCGCUGAAAUAACUUUACCAUAUUUGCAGAGCUAUCCAUAAUACUAGGGUUUUAUUCUCCAGCAGUAGCAGCAGCAGCUCCGUCAACUUCUGGUAUCCGAAGCUUCACAGGCAAAAAUGCCGUCACACAAGACGUUCAUCAUCAAGAAGAAGCUGGCGAAGAAGAUGAGACAGAACAGGCCCAUUCCUCGGUGGAUCCGCAUGAGGACAGACAACACUAUCAGGUAUAAUGCAAAGCGUAGGCACUGGCGUCGCACGAAGCUAGGGUUCUAAGAUGGAUGAGAUAGCUUAAGCAUUUGAUUUGGUUAAGAUUUAUUAGUUUAAUUGCCAGACUGACUUUUGUUUUAAUGUUUAGAGCUACUGAUAUAUCGCCGUUUGAGAUUUAUUUUAUGUUUAAUAUUUUUCAAGUUAUGGUAUUGAUCUUAACCAUGGUA